UGUAAACUGACAGAGGAAUCCUGUGAUGCUUUAGCCUCUGCUGUGCAGCACAUGGUCUCCCUGACAGAACUGGACUUGAGUGACAAUCACAUAAACAUCACUGGAAUUCAUCUUUCGAGUGCACUGAAAGGUGACAUCAACUGUAUGCUGCAGAAAUUGAGACAUGCCCGUGGAGAACUGAGAAACUAUGCCUGUGAGCUCACGCUGGACCCAAACACAGCACGCAGAAAUAUCUCUCUCUCUGAGGGGAACAGAAAGGUGACACAUGGGUAUCACCCGUAUCCUGACCACCCAGAGAGAUUUGACUCCAACCCUCAGGUGCUGUGCAGAGAGGGUCUGACUGGACGCUGCUACUGGGAGGCUGAGUGGAGUGGUGAUGGGGUUUAUAUAGCAGUGGCCUAUAAGAGCACCCCGAGGACAGUGGGGAGUGGGGAGAGCAGCGUGUUUGGACUUAAUGCCAAGUCCUGGAGACUGAGCUGCUCUGGUAACAGUUACUUUGCCUAUCACAAUAGUAAGGAGACUGCCAUACCUGCCCCCUCCUCCCGCUCCAGCAGAGUAGGAGUGUACCUGGACUGGCCAGCAGGCACUCUGUCCUUCUACAGCGUCUCCUCUAACACACUCACCCACCUGCACACGUUCCACUCCACAUUCACUGAGCCCCUCUAUCCUGGGUUUUAUGCUAGGAUUUACUCCUCAGUGUCCCUGUGCCAGAUCACAUGACCUCCUAAUCCUGCAGCAGAGGAGAGCCACACACACCUGUUUACACACUCCUGUGUGUGUGUGUGUGUGUGUGUGUGUGUGUGUGUGUCUCUCCUGUUCAUCAUCUGUGUUGCCUCUUCCCUCUGACUGUGUUUUCUUCUCCCUCAAUUUCUCUUACUUUCUCUGUGUGUGUGUGGUGUGUGUGUUGCCCCUGUUCCCCUCCUGUGUGUGUGUGUGUGUGUGUGUGUGUGUGUGUGUGUGUGUGUGUGUGUGUGUGUGUGUGUGUGUGUGUGUGUGUGUUUGUUUGCUUCUCCUCCUGCCUCCUCUCUGUACCGGUCACUGUUCUCACUAUAUUCACUCACUCAAACUCACUCACACACACUCCCUCACUCACACUGACAUACACUCACACACAUACACACACUCACACACACUAACACACACACACACACACACACACACUCACACACACUAACACAUUCACACACUCUGACACUGACUCUCUCUCUCUCUCACACACACAAACAUAAACACACAUACACAUGCACUCACUCUCACUCACUCACACACACUCCCUCACUCACACUCACACACAUUCACACACACACACCGUGUGUGUGUGUGUGUGUGUGUAUGUGUGUUUGUGUGUGUGUGUGUGUGUGUGUGUCCUCUCCUGUUCAUCUUCUGUGUUGCCUCUUCCCUCAGACUGUGUUUUCUUCUCCCUCAAUUUCUCUUACUUUCUCUGUGUGUGUGGUGUGUGUGUUGCCCCUUUUCCCCUCCUGUGUGUGUGUGUGUGUGUGUGUGUGUGUGUGUGUGUGUGUGUGUGUGUGUGUGUGUGUGUGUGUGUGUGUGUGUGUGUGUGUGUGUGUGUGUGUGUGUGUGUGAGGGAGUGUGUGUAUGUUUGUUCCUCCUCUUGCCUCCUCUCUGUACUCUGUACUGGACUCACACUCUCUCUCUCUCUCUCUCCCUCACACACACACACACACACACACACACACACACACACACACUCACUCUCUGUCACACACACUCACUCACUCACUCACUCACUCACUCACUCACUCACUCACUCACUCACUCACUCACUCACUCACUCACUCACUCACACACACACUCACACACACACACACUCACACUGACACUCUCUCACACAAACACACACACACCCUCUCUCUCUCACACACACACACACACACACACUUACACACUCACUCUUUCUCAUUCACUUUCUCUCUCUCAUUGUUUCUGCUUUCUCCAUUCCUUCCCAUGACAAGCAUCAUCCCUCCUUCUGUUUUCCUGGCUAUUUCUAUUUUCUUCCUGCACACACAUUUCUCUGCCGCUCCAUUUUAAUCCUUUAAUCUAUAUUUGAUCAUCUGAAUGACAUAUGGUGAGCGUGUCGUAUCCAACUAGAGCAAACACCAACAUUUGAACUUGAACUUAGAGUGUUGUUUGUUAUCUGAAGAACGGCUUUCCUCAGAGCUGAUACUUGAUAUUACUGUAGUAACAAUGGAGUUUGUUGCUGCAGAGACUUUUCUACAUUGAUAUAUUUGAGGGAGAGAGAAGGAGGGGAUUCCCUUUAUAAAUUGUAUUUUUGAUUGUAAAUUAAAUAUGUUAUUGUUUAAAAUGUUGUCUUAACCGUAUGAUGUGUAUAUCCACAAAGGCAAACAGGGUUUCAUUUAAAUGCAUACAAAUUAAUUAAAAUAAAAUGUAAAUUGUGUAUUGUGUUCAGUUUCAUGGCACAUGUGUAUUCUUAAUGAGUCAUUCUGCUUGACCUUGACCUAAAGGAAUUAAAUUAAAAUAAA